AUGAGUUUAACGCUCGUUUUGGGAAUUUUAAUAUGCUCAACAAGCGCCUGGGGACAAUGGCGAACAAAUCAGAGAAAGCAUGAACUCUCCUUACUCCCUGAAUCAUCAACACUUCGAUUAUGUCGAGAUUUCACCAACCGCACGAGAUUCCAAGAAAUUUUGAACCCUAUAAUGGUGACACGAGUUGUAGACACACCCUCACAUAGGGCUGUCGGAGACUAUCUUGCGAAUUUCAUGACAAAAUUAGGAUUUGCGAUAGAAUGGGAUGCUUUCCAAGACACCACACCUUUCGGAAAGCGCAAUUUUAGAAAUUUAAUUGCUACUAGCGACGAACAUGCCCCUCGACGAUUGGUUCUCGCAUGUCAUUAUGAUUCGAUUAUUAUUCCUGGCCAGCCUAUGAUUGCUGCGACAGAUUCCGCUGUUCCGUGUGCAAUGAUGCUCGAUACUGCGGAGAAAUUGGCUCCUUAUAUGUAUAAAAGAGUAGCUCAAAAUGUUGCACUUCAACUCAUAUUUUUCGACGGUGAAGAGGCUUUCAGACAGUGGACAUCAACAGAUUCUUUAUAUGGAUCGAGGCAUUUGGCUUCCAAAUGGGAGCAAAAAUGGUAUCCGUCCUCGAGUAGUGCUAAUAAUUUCGAGCUCAGCAAGGAAAUUGAUAGAAUCGACGUGAUGGUGCUUUUGGAUCUUCUCGGAGCAGCAAAUCCAACAAUCAGCAACACAAUCGGCAUGGGAGCCACUGAACUGUUCAGUCAGCUCGCAGAUGUUGAAACCAACAUGCGAUCUCUUGGAUGUCUUGGAGCUGUUCGAAGAAACGUGUUCAACAAGAAUCUUUCGUUUAACCAAAUUGAAGACGACCACAUACCAUUUUUGAAGAGGGGUGUGCCCAUUCUUCAUCUCAUCACUGUUCCGUUUCCUUCGGUUUGGCAUAAGAUCAGCGACAAUGCUAAUGCACUUCAUUGGCCAACUAUUGAUCAUAUCACAGCAGUUGUUCGAGUGUUCGUUGCUAAAUAUCUGGGAAUUGCACCUGCAUAA